UCACACCAUGUAUUUGGGUCCUUGUGUCUCCACCAAAGCUCUCCCGCUGUCUGCGUCAAAAACCAGAAAUACAAGGACGUAUAUAGGAGAAACCCAGAAAUCCAAAACACAUCAUGUUCUUCGGCAUUAGAUCGCCAAUCUUGUCGAAACAUUUGGUUCUUUUUGUGAUCAUAACCAUCUCCUUCGUCUUUGUUGUUUCAGCUUUUGCAGAAAGCUAUCACCUUUCUCACACUAUCCGAUUGACAGGGGGAGAGCAAAUAAAUGAUGGUGGGUUGAUCACAUGGGGAAGAAGGAGGUCUCUUGAAGAAAACGAGACUUUGGUAUUGGCUAAGGAAAGGACACGCAGGAAGGACCCUCUAAAUAGAUUUAAGAAGUACACUGGGGGCUGGAAUAUAACAGAACGGCAUUACUGGGCUUCAGUUGGUUUUACCGCGGCUCCUUUCUUUGUCGCUGCUAUUUUGUGGUUCGUGAUUUGCGGGUUAAGCUUGUGCCUUAUCUGUAUCUGUUAUUGCUGUCGUAAAAAAGAGCCUUAUGGCUAUUCUAGAACAGCCUAUUGCCUCUCUCUCGUCACCCUUAUUAUCUUCACCCUCAUGGCAAUUGCUGGAUGCGUUGUGCUGUACAUGGGUCAGGGAUUGUUCUACGACAGUACAAGAAAGACAUUGGAUUACCUUGUGAAGGAGGCCGAUGAAACUGCUCAAAACCUCAGGAAUGUGUCAGAUUCUCUUAGCGCAGCUAAGAAGAUCGGACUUGACGCCAUAGUUCCUCCGACAGAUAUUCAGAAUCAAAUUGACGAGGGUAUGGGAACAAUACAGUAUGUUUCCAAUUUUCUUUCUGAAACUACUGAUAAGACUGCACGGAAGUCAAAUCAAGUCUUAACAGACUUGAAGCUGGCGCUCAUGGUUUUUUCUGCUGUUAUGCUUCUUCUGGUCUUUAUUGGAUUUGCACUUUCCAUGUGCGGGAUGCGAUUUCUUGUAUACUGCUUGGUGAUUGUUGGGUGGAUUCUUGUUACCUGUGCAUUCAUCUUGUGCGGUACAUUUCUCCUUAUCCAUAAUGCGUUUGGAGAUGCAUGUGUCUCCAUGGAUGAGUGGAUUCAAAAGCACCCCACAGCCCACACUGCUUUGGAUGAUCUACUUCCAUGUGUGGACAAAAAUGUAAGCCAGAGCAUGUUGGAACGGACCAAGAUGGCAACCUACUUUGCUGUUGAAGCGGUUAAUCGUGUCAUCACCGAUGGUGCAAAUCUUGAUCCUUCUGACAGUCCAUUAAAUUACAAUCAGUCUGGCCCUUUGUUACCACCAGUCUGCAACCCCUUCAAUGAGGAUAAAACUGAUCGGAAAUGUGUUCCUGGUGAAGUGGAAUUGCAACAAGCACAAGAGGUAUGGCAGAAAUACGUAUGUAAGGUUUCUAGUCCAACCGGCCAGUGUGUAUCACCAGGGCGGCUGACUCCUACCCACUUCGAUCAAAUGUCAGCUUUUGUAAAUGUGAGCAACGCACUGUAUCGGUACAGUCCAUUCUUUGCUGAUCUUGCAGACUGCACAUUUGCUAAGGAUACAUUCUCGGACAUAAGUAAACAGCAUUGUCCCGGUCUGCGACUACAUAGUAAAUGGAUCUACAUUGGCUUGUUAAUGGUAGCCUUAGCUGUAAUGCUGUCUAUGAUCUUCUGGGUGAUUUACUGCCGGGAACGAAGACAUCGCUUGUAUACUAAAAAAUGUGACAGUUUACACUAUGACAGUUUAAACUAUGGCAGUGCAAAUCAUGGCAGUAGAAACUUUGGCAGUGCAAAUCAUGGCAGCAGAAACUUUGGCAGUGCAAAUCAUGGCAGCAGAAACUUUGGCAGUGCAAAUCAUGGCAAUAGAAACUUUGGCAGCGCAAAUCAUGGCAGUAGAAACUUUGGCAGUGGAAAUCAUGGCAGUAGAAACUUUGGCAGUGCAAAUACUGGAUAGGAAACAGUUGGCAGUUUACUGAUUCCUUGAAAAUUCUGCUUGGAGAUUUCGAUAUACAAUACAAUCCUAGUAGCAUAAAUUUUUUUUCUUUUGCUUUUCGUUCGCAUUCUGAGUAUUUUGAUCCUAAGUAGAAAAAUUGUUAUACCACCACCCCCCCCCCCCCCCCCCCGAAGUCCUAGGUGAUCUCAAGCGAGCAGAAGCAUCAUUUUCUAUGCUUCCCAACUUCAAAUGCAAAGAAAAAAAAGGCAUAAAUAUACCCCCAACUGAAACAUCUGAGCAAUGUGAAAAGCUUCCCUCCAAAUGGCGGACCCAAUAUAGGUUUAGUGUGGCGUGGGCUGCUAGCUAGUUUACUGCCAUGUAUAGGGUCUGUCAUGUAUAGAAGCUCUUGUUGGUUUACUGCAAUUAAAGGGAUACAAGAAAGUUGUACAGCUAGAAACCAUCAGUAGCAAUGAUUAAACAUUGCAUAAGUUUCUGUACACACUCUUUCUAUGUUAUAACUUAUACCUUCUCCCUUAA